AUGAAUCCAUACCAUCCUGACAUGUGUAACCUCCUGAAAGAUUUUGGGGCCAUGACAGAAAAAGUGAAAUCUAUGGAAACAAGACUGAAGGAAACUGAAAUCCGCCUAAAGGAGACAGUAACCAGGCUGAAAGACAGCGAAAACCAAAUUUUGGAGCUGCAAAGCAAAGCUUCAGGUGUCUUUACAGCACCUGUUGCAGGUGUUUAUUACUUUACCAUCUUCUAUCACGGUGGAAGAAGCUAUUCACAUUAUCUGCGUAUUUUCAAGAAUAAUGAGAUGACGGUCAUAACAGCUGAUCAUAAGACAGAAGGAGAUGGAGCUGAUAACGGAGGAAACGCUGUGUUCCUGCAGCUGCAGCAAGGAGACCAAGUGUAUGUGAGCAUGGCUGCAAACUGUUAA